GUACGAACUAUCUAAUAAAUUCAAGAUGGCAGCAUCCAUGUGUUGAUGUUUGUGUACUUGACACAUUGACAGUGACUGACAUUCGUGGGUGAACACUAACACAGACUGAGAAGUGGAGCAGUUGCAGUUUUAAGCUAAAUUAACUAGGGGAAACCUAUGGAAAAAUGAUCAAGAAUAAAGUUGUAAAAGAACUGUUAACUUGUGUAUCCUGUGGAGUCAAGCUUCCUCAAGUAUCCUAUGCACUGACUCAAAACAGAAAUUAUUCACAAUCAUCCAAACCGUCCAAUAAAUCGGAAGUCAGGAAAAAGCUGAAUGAAUUGGAUAGCUUGUCCAGUGCCGAGAGAGUGUAUGUAUGGGGCUGUGCUUCAACAGGUGCCCUUGGUAUCAGCUCUUACGUCAGAUUUCGUGACAAGAAACAGAAAUACUUGGCGCAGAUGAGCAGACCAGCAAGACUGAGAUUUCUGUUGGAGAAUAACUUAGUGGCCAAAACUUUAGACUGUGGGUAUGGAUUUACAGUCCUUGUUCUGAGAGGAGUCCAGGGUAAGAACAAAUUGUAUGGAUGUGGAAUCAACACAGACUCGCAGCUCGGGUUCCACAGAAGCUCCAAAAAAGCAGAUACCGUGCUUGAUUACGUAACAGAACCUGUGCUGAUCCCCCUACCCCUGGAGACCCCGGAGGUGACAGAGGUUGUAGAUGUAUCAUGUGGACGUGCCCACACCGUGGUGCUGACAGAUAAAGAAGGAGUUUUCAGUUUGGGCCACAAUGCCUAUGGUCAGUGUGGGAGGACGAUAGUGGAUGGAGAAAUAUUCAAAGGAAGUCAGAUAAUUAACAAAGUGAUGGACUUGCCUAAUGACAUAGUUAAGGUUGUCUGUGGCCAAGACCAUACUUUUUUUCUGACCAGCAGUGGACAGGUAUACAGUUGUGGUCUUGGAGCUGAUGGUCAAACAGGCUUACAGCAUUAUCAUAGUGAAUGGAGACCAUCUUUAGUUCGUGGAGACAUAAAUGGAGAAAAGAUAGUACAAAUCUCAAGCAAAGCAGAUUGUGUGCUGGCAGUGUCUGAGCGAGGGGAUCUGUUUGGUUGGGGAAACUCGGAAUACGGUCAGCUUUCUAUGAUAACCGAGGAGACACAGGUGUCAGUGCCCAGGAAUAUACCUCUACACAAUCCUGUAACCCAGGUGGCAGCAGCAGGGUCAAAGUGCGCAGUGUUAACUGAUAAGAAUGAGGUAUUAGUGUGGGGAUUUGGGGCACUAGGAGUGGGUCCCAGCGUCAAGUCAGCCUCUGCACCCCAGGCGAUACCCCCUACCCUGUUUGGGCAAAAUGAGUUAGCACCAGACAAACUUGUCAAGGACAUUGCCUGUGGAAUCAACCACUUUGCUGCCAGAACAAAUGACUAUGAAAUGUUUGUGUGGGGGAAAAAUCAGAAAGGCUGUCUGGGUAUCUAUGUAGCACAGAGAAUGGACCAGACAUAUCCAUUCAGGGUGUCUGUGCCGGCGGAGGUUUUGCGAGUAUUUUGUGGGGUGGAUCACACGGUGGCCUUGUGCAGAUCGUUUUCUUGAAACACAUUAAAGUUAUUAAGUAAC